AUGGAGUCCCACUGCCGCAAACUGGCCUCGACCUGCGCCUCGACCUGCGCCAUCGACUCAGCGGUCUCUGUGAGGCCGAGACUCAGACAAGUCUCUGAGCCGAGACUCACCCCGGGCUCGGGCACUGCUCCUCGGCCUCAGCUCCAGCGCUCUCCCGCUCCUCACCUCCUCCUCUCUCCCCCGCUCCUCACCUCCUCUCUCCCCCGCUCCUCACCUCCUCCUCUCUCCCCCGCUCCUCACCUCCUCUCUCCCCCGCUCCUCAUGAACGCCCUGCGGGAGCCGCUCGAGCCGCAGCACGUGCACCUGUCCGGGACCAAACUCAUGGCCGCGAGCCUUCAGCCGCUGCAGCGCGCGGGGGACAAGCACCGGGACGUGCACGCGCUGUCGGACACGAGCCCAGAGGAGAAGGACAAGGCCCUGACGAAGGCCGACGACUCGAGCGAAGACCCGUCCAAGAAGAAGAGACAGCGGCGCCAGAGAACACACUUCACCUCCCAGCAGCUGCAGGAGCUCGAGGCCACCUUCCAGAGGAACCGCUACCCAGACAUGUCCACCAGGGAGGAGAUCGCUGUGUGGACCAACCUGACCGAGGCCAGGGUCCGGGUGUGGUUCAAGAACCGUCGCGCCAAGUGGAGGAAGCGUGAGCGGAACCAGCAGGCAGAGCUCUGCAAGAACGGCUUCGGGCCCCAGUUCAACGGACUGAUGCAGCCGUACGACGACAUGUACCCAGGAUACACCUACAACAACUGGGCUGCCAAGGGCCUGACCUCGGCCUCGCUCUCCACCAAGAGCUUCCCCUUCUUCAACUCCAUGAACGUCAACCCUCUGUCCUCGCAGUCCAUGUUCUCCGCCCCCAACUCCAUCUCCUCCAUGACCUCUGGCAUGGUGCCCUCUGGCGUGCCCGGCUCCGGUCUCAACGGCUUGAAUAAUUUGAACAACUUGAGCAACCCCUCGCUGAACUCGGGCGUCCCGGCCCCGGCGUGCCCCUACGCCCCCCCCACGCCGCCCUACGUGUACCGCGACACGUGUAACUCCAGCCUGGCCAGCCUCAGACUCAAGGCCAAGCAGCACUCCAGCUUCGGCUACGCCACGGUGCAGAACCCGGGGGGCAACCUCAGCGCCUGCCAGUACGCGGUGGACCGGCCGGUGUGA